UGUCUUUUAGGUGUAAUUUUGAACCUGCCUGUUUCUUCUCCUAUAGGUGAAAAGAUGGCGUUUGUGAAGAGUGGAUGGUUGCUGCGACAGAGUACUAUUUUGAAGCGCUGGAAGAAGAAUUGGUUUGACCUGUGGUCAGAUGGUCACUUGAUCUAUUAUGAUGACCAAACUCGGCAGAGUGUUGAGGAUAAGGUCCACAUGCCAGUGGACUGCAUUAAUAUCCGCAUGGGGCACGAGUGUCGGGAUGUUCAGCCUCCAGAUGGGAAGCCGAAAGACUGUAUGCUGCAGAUUGUUUGCCGAGAUGGGAAAACUAUCAGUCUUUGUGCAGAAAGCACAGAUGAUUGUUUGGCCUGGAAAUUUACACUUCAGGAUUCCAGGACAAAUACAGCUUACGUUGGCUCAGAAGUCAUGUAUGAUGAGACUGCCGUGGCUUCUUCCCCACCUCCUUACACAGCCUAUGCUGCGCCAACCCCUGAGCAGGCAUAUGGCUAUGGUCCAUACAGUGGUGCUUACCCGCCAGGGACUCAAGUUGUCUAUGCUGCGAAUGGGCAGGCUUAUGCUGUACCCUACCAGUACCCGUAUGCAGGACUUUAUGGACAGCAGCCUGCCAACCAAGUCAUCAUUCGUGAGCGCUAUCGAGACAACGACAGUGAUCUGGCGCUGGGCAUGCUGGCUGGAGCAGCCACAGGCAUGGCCUUAGGGUCCCUGUUCUGGGUCUUCUAGAGUCCUUAAAAUCUGGAUAUGCAUAGCUUCUGACACCCUGUGUGCAAUAAUAUAAUUUGCAGGGCAUUUCUGUUUGUGAUAAGUGUUUUUAAUAAUAGUUCUUUUCAAAGUAGUGACAUCAUAGUUAUAACUAAUCCGUAGAAGUACCACAGAGAAGGCGUUGGACUGCUGUUUAGCUAAAACAUGGACUCCUGGGGACACUGGCUCAUUUCAAAUUUCCUUAUGGAACUCUUGGAAUCCUU